GAAAAACCGAAGGGGAUUCAAUGACGAAAUUUUAACGUAAGGCAUCAACCAUUGUGAUGAUGCCACGUGUAUCCUCUCAUUUUAUGUUUCCUCUAUAAAUAAGCCUCCUAGUCCCAAGCUUUGAAGCACAAAAUUCUGGGGCAAAAGAGAAAUAAAAACAGUUUCAUUUCCAUUCUAAGUUUGUGUUUUUGAUUUGCCUUUUGUGGGUUUUUUUUAAAAAAAAUUCAGCAAAAAUGUUUAUUGAGAGUUUUAAGGUAGAGAGCCCCAAUGUGAAGUACACGGAGAAUGAAAUUCAGUCUGUUUACAACUAUGAAACUACAGAGCUUGUUCAUGAGAACAAAAAUGGAACCUAUCAAUGGGUUGUUAAACCCAAAACUGUCAAAUAUGAAUUCAAGACUGAUAUCCAUGUCCCUAAAUUGGGGGUGAUGCUUGUGGGAUGGGGAGGAAACAAUGGUUCAACCCUCACCGGAGGUGUUAUAGCUAACAAAGAGGGUAUCUCUUGGGCUACUAAGGACAAGGUACAACAGGCUAAUUACUUUGGUUCAUUGACUCAAGCAUCAACGAUCCGAGUUGGGUCUUACAAUGGAGAAGAGAUUUAUGCUCCAUUUAAGAGUCUUCUUCCUAUGGUGAACCCAAAUGAUAUUGUGUUUGGAGGAUGGGACAUUAGUGACAUGAACCUAGCUGAUGCAAUGGCUAGGGCCAAGGUUUUCGACAUUGAUCUGCAAAAGCAACUGAGACCCUACAUGGAAUCCAUGGUCCCACUCCCUGGAAUCUACGAUCCUGAUUUCAUUGCUGCUAACCAAGGUGAACGUGCCAAUAAUGUCAUGAAGGGGACCAAGAAAGAACAAGUUCAGCAGGUCAUCAAAGACAUCAGGGAGUUCAAAGAGAAAAACAAGGUGGACAAGGUUGUUGUACUCUGGACUGCAAACACUGAGAGGUACAGCAAUGUCAUUGUGGGGCUAAAUGACACCGUGGAAAGCCUUAUGGCUUCUUUGGAGAAGAAUGAAUCAGAGAUUUCUCCUUCCACUUUGUAUGCUAUUGCUUGUGUUCUUGAAAAUGUUCCUUUCAUCAAUGGCAGCCCACAAAACACCUUUGUUCCAGGGUUGAUUGAUUUGGCUAUUCAAAGGAACUGUCUGAUUGGAGGAGAUGACUUCAAGAGUGGCCAGACCAAGAUGAAAUCUGUCCUCGUGGAUUUCCUUGUUGGGGCUGGUAUCAAGCCAACAUCGAUAGUGAGUUACAACCAUCUGGGAAAUAAUGAUGGCAUGAAUCUGUCAGCACCCCAAACCUUCCGUUCCAAGGAGAUCUCAAAGAGCAAUGUUGUUGAUGACAUGGUUUCAAGCAAUGGAAUCCUCUAUGAGCCUGGUGAACAUCCUGAUCAUGUUGUGGUCAUCAAGUAUGUGCCGUAUGUGGGAGACAGCAAGAGAGCCAUGGAUGAGUACACAUCAGAGAUAUUCAUGGGAGGCAAGAACACCAUUGUGUUGCACAACACGUGUGAGGAUUCCCUGUUGGCUGCUCCCAUUAUCCUAGAUUUGGUUCUCCUUGCUGAACUUAGCACCAGGAUCCAGUUCAAGGCUGAUGGAGAGGGCAAGUUCCACACUUUCCAUCCUGUGGCUACAAUCCUCAGUUACCUCACCAAAGCCCCUCUUGUUCCACCAGGCACACCGGUGGUGAACGCACUGUCCAAGCAGCGUGCAAUGCUGGAGAACAUACUAAGGGCCAGCAUUGGCUUGGCUCCUGAAAACAACAUGAUUUUGGAAUACAAGUGAAAAAGUUGAGAGAAAAGUGGAACAAAGCUUUGGUUCUUAGAACUUUAGGACCAUUUUCCCUUUCUCUGUCGUUUUCAUAAAAGCUGUGGUUACUGUUGUCACAGAUUGUAACGGUUGUAUGAUGGUUUAUGCUAUGCUUCUUUUUUUCUCAUUUAUUUUCAAGUGGCGCUCAUGUUUGUAGCUCACUCUUGAGCCAAGCACCUCUUUUGUGGAAAUAGAUAUGAUAGUAUGAAUUUUCGUAA